AUGACUUCAUUCAUCACUACAAUGUCCGUUCCCUCCGCUUGUUCUUCAUCCCUUCCUGCCCUACCUGUCCCUCCUCAGUGCACGCUCAGCCAGUCGGUGUCGUGCAACACCAUAAAUACUUCACGUCUACCCCUCUCUGAGCCUCCGUCAUAUCUCUCGCCAGCAGUGCGGGCUCUCAAGGAUGGUCUCAAUGCGCUAACACCGCCUAGCAAUGCCCGAACGAGGGGUCCGUUCAGGCCGCGCUCUGCGGCUAAGGGAACGAGUAGUUAUCAACUGAGGCAGUUUGCAGAAGCGACGCUCGGUAGUGGUAGCUUGCGCAAGGCCGUGAAACUGCCCGAAGGAGAGGACCUGAAUGAGUGGUUGGCUGUUAAUGGCACGUAUAUGCUUCGGGCCUUGGUCGACUUCUACAACCAGAUAAACCUUCUAUACGGGUCCAUCACUGAGUUCUGCUCCCCGCAAUCAUGUCCCGAAAUGAAGGCUACAGACGAGUUCGAAUAUCUCUGGCAGGAUUCGGAGAACUACAAGCGACCUACCAAAAUGUCAGCACCGGAAUACAUCGAACAUCUUAUGACUUGGGUCCAAGGAAACAUUGAUAACGAGCAGAUGUUCCCAAGCCGAAUCGGCGUUCCGUUCCCCAAGACAUUCCCCAGUCUGCUGCGGCAAAUCUUCAAGAGGCUCUACCGUGUUUACGCACACAUCUACUGUCACCAUUACCCAGUAGUGGUACACUUGGGACUCGAGCCGCACUUGAACACCAGUUUCAAGCACUACGUCCUCUUCAUCAACGAACACAACCUGGCCAGCGGAAAGGACUUCUGGGGCCCCUUGGGCGACUUGGUCGACAGCAUGCUGCGCAGUGACUGAAUGACUUCAGCGGUCGAAUCGACCGUAGUAUACCUAUCAAAGCAUGCAGAUGGGAGUCAGGGGAUGGACUAUAGAGAGUCAAAAAGGGCGAAUACGGCGUUUCGGGUUUAUUCGUGUUUGUGUAAGGAACGGACGAGUGAUGAAAUCUAAAUUUAUGCAGUACUGUAUCGUACUUUUUCUUUUAAUUCUGUAUGCAGGAAUCAUGCGACGUAACAGGAAUAAUCUUUCAAAAUGCGGACGGCCUGAGCGAAUCUGGAUAUACAUUAUUUACGAUGGGAACUCGACUCGACUUUCCUUCCUCUUCUAAGCAUUCAGCAUUGCUUGCCCACGGAUCGCUCACUGAGUGGGUUCUUCGCGGACUUACUUCCAGGAGGUCAUCGAACGACUUGGAUAUGGAAUGAAUAUCAUCGAAACAAGCGUAAUUUUUAUAUCUAGGUCAGAUACCAACCCUACCAGAAAC